AUGGCGCUCUACUGGCUCGCCGACCCAUCAUUGCCGGGGCAAGAGAGCCCCAAGGGGCUGGCCCGGCAGAAGCGGACGCGCUCGGACCGGGAGGGGUCCCCGAAGGCACCCCAUGGCCGCCUCCUUUCUCUCCGGGGCCCCCCAUCACUCUCCCCCAAAGAGGCAGGUGGCCCCUUUGCGAUUCCCAGGCGUGUUUGUUCCCUCCCAGGCGUGUUUGGUGGCCAAAGAAAGCCCGCCUCGGCUGUUUCUCUGCUGUCUCCUCAGUGUGGUGAAGGGAAAAGACCAGCCAUGCAGCCAGCUCAGGGCCGGGUGUCCUACAAAGAGGUGGCUGUGCAUUUCUCCAAGGGGGAGUGGAGCCUGCUGAGCCCAGCGCAGAGAGCCCUGUACAAGGAGGUCAUGCUGGAGAAUUUUGGGACCGUGGCCUCUCUGGGGCCUGAGGUUGCCAAACCUGACCUCAUUUCCAGGCUGGAAGGAGAAGAAGAUCCGUUUCUCCUAAUGUCUGAUGCAGAAGAGGGAUUGGCAGGAGGCAUGUGGAGGUCACCGAAUGAAACAUCUGAGCAUCCAGUGAUGGAUAAAGGGGAUACCUAUUCAGAUCUGAAAGGGGCUAAAUAUUCUGAUACCCUGAGGAAGGAGGAGAGAAAACGUUCAUCUAAAGGAAGGAGUGAUUCCGGUCUUUUACAAGGUGAAUACGCUCAUGAAAUCCCACUACUUGAAAAAAAGUACAUAGAAGGCAAUAGAAAUGAGGGCAGUGCAAGUGGGAAUUCUUUUUCUGAAAAAUCAAACAUUAGCAUGGAUUGGAAAAGCCAUAACACAAAGAAAAAAUAUAAAUGCCUGGAGUGUGGGAAAAGCUUCCAAAAGAGUGGAAAACUUAAUUCUCAUCAAAGAAUUCACACAGGCGAAAAACCUUAUAAAUGCCAGGACUGCGGGAAAAGCUUCAGUCAGAGUGAAAGCCUUAAUUCCCAUCAAAGAAUUCACACAGGGGCAAAACCUUAUAAAUGCCAGGAUUGCGGAAAAAGCUUCAGACACAGAGGACACAUUAAUUCCCAUCGAAGAAUGCACACAGGGGAAAAACCUUAUCAAUGCCAAGACUGCAGGAAAAGCUUCAGUCGCAGCGAAAACUUUAAUACCCAUCGAAGAAUGCACACAGGGGAAAAACCUUAUAAAUGCCAGGACUGCGGGAAAAGCUUCAAUCAGAGUGGAGGCCUUAAUUCCCAUCGAAGAAUGCACUCAGGUGAAAAACCUUAUAAAUGCCUGGAGUGUGGGAAAGGUUUCCGAAGAAGUGGACAGCUUAAUUCACAUGGAAGAAUGCACACAGGGGAAAAACCGUAUAAAUGCCAGGACUGCAUAAAAAGCUUCAGUGGAAACCUUAAUUCCCAUGGAAGAAUGCACACAGGCGAAAAACCUUGUAAGUGCCUGGAGUGUGGGAAAAGUUUUUGAACAAGUGGAGAACUUG